UAAUAACUACCUCUUUUCUUUUUAAAUAUGUCUUGUAAAUGUGAGUUUACUCUCUGAGUAAUGAUUGAAGGACAAUAAACAGUAAUGGCUGACCUGAUAGGAAAUUGUGUAAACAUUAGUAGAGUAUAAUUUUAUAAUUUUCUUUCAGUUUCGUUCUAAUCUUAAUUUUCGAAGAUUUAAGAAUACGAAGACUGAUCUAUGUUUAAUUAAUUUCUAUUUUAAUUUAAUUUCGUACAUUUUUUAUUAAAGUUAUUUGAGUGUUUAACAUGAAUUCUGACGAUUACAAUUUUGAAAGUGUUUUAGGCUGUGGAAUAUUUGGAACGGUGCAUUUGGUAACAAGAAAAAGAGAUUGGAAACCAUUUGUUAUCAAGGAGCAAAAAUUGAGUGCAACUAGUAUUAUGAGUUUCAAGAUGGUUUUGGGAGAAAUAGAAUCAAUUCGACAGCUUAGACAUCCGAAUAUUGUAUCUUAUCGUGGAGCUUGGCUCGAAGGAAGUCGAAGUUACAUUGUGAUGGAAUUUGCUCGACACGGAACUCUAAAAGACUUGCUUGAAAAACGACGAUUACCUUUGAAAGAAGAGGAUGCACUGUAUCUAUUUACUCAAGUUGUUCUAGGUGUCCAUCACAUUCAUUCGAAAAAUAUUUUACAUAGGGAUUUGAAACCUGAAAAUAUUAUGCUCUCUGGUCGAAAUGCUGAUGUGGUGAAAAUUGUGGAUUUUGGACUUUCCAAGAACUCUCACGAAGCUACGUUGUGUCACGCAGGAACAUUAUUUUACAUGGCACCAGAAAUGUUGCAAAAACAAAUUUAUGAUUGUAAAUCCGACAUUUGGAGUAUGGGAGUCGUUCUUUACGAAAUGGUCACAAAGAGACUUCCUUUUGCGGCCAAGAGUCUGCCGGAAUUAUUGGAAAUGGUCAAAUUUGAAAAUCCGAAGCCCUUGGAGAAGGGAUUAUCGAUCGAUUUAAUCAGCGUAAUUUCCAAGAUGCUAAGGAAGAAAUCAGCUCUUCGACCUUCAACAGAUCAACUUCUGCUUUCUCCUUGCCUGAUAAAAGUCAGGGCAAAAGCUUAUCUUAACGUCGGUCGCUGCACUCCAAUUCCAAAUAUCGAGUUUGCACAGAAAGUAUUUUUUAACUUUUUAAAACCUUCUUUCAAGCGUCUCGAGGAGAUAGUCGAGACGAGGUUCGAGAUGAGUUUCGAGACGAUGUUCGAGAUGAAUUUAAAGAAGAAAAUCGAGACGAGAUUGGUGUCCGAAAAAGCGAGAAUUUCGAUAAUGAAAAAUUCAAAGAGUGUUUUUUUCUUAUUGUUUUUUCAUAUUUUGUGUGUCAGAGGAAUAAAUUGGUACCCGAACAAUUUGGGACCUAUGUUCGGUGAGCAAAUCGAUUUGAUUGGUGCCGAAAAUAUUUCGUCUUUGCCGGAACAAAAUGAAUCUACUUUCAUUACAAUUGAUCGAGAAAGCAGUUCCCCAAAUCCGAUUGACUCUAUCGAUCGAUCGGAUGCACCCUCAAAUCGAAAUGAACCUUUUGAUGAGGUAGAAAGAAUUGAGCCUAAACAAUGGCCAGAGAGACCGGAAAUUUUUCCAACUCGAGGGAUUUCCUCUACUCUUUCCACGACUGCGAGAACUUUUUCUCCAAGAAGAGGGACAAAUCCGACGACUUUGGCUCAACGAGAUCCUGCAACACAGAGGUACCCACUAGUAACUGCACCCCCUCCAACAGCAGCUGUAGAUGAAGUAUUUUGUGAUUUUGGACCUCUCCCUGGGCAAUCACUUUGCGAAUGGCAAGAUGGAAACGGUGCUUUGAAAUGGAAUCCAGGAACUGGUCUUGGUACCAAUUGGAUGGGUGGACCACCGAUUGAUUCUACAGCUGGAUCUCCCGAAGGAGGAUAUGCCUUUUUGGAAACUUCUCAUGUGCCACCAAAGGAUAAAAAAUUAAGAAGUCCGGGAGGCCUUUUGCAUAGUCCUCAACUAGGAACUACGGGGGUGGUUGGAACCUGUUUCAUGUUCAAAUAUGCGAUGAAUGGUUUGAGUUCAGCAGGUCUCAGGGUUCUUUUACAUAUGGGAAUUGAUGAAUAUUCAAUAAAAAAGGAAAGAGCGGAUGAAAUCCCAACAGAAAUUGGAACCAAGGCUCCAAAUGCGACAACUCCAAACAAACCCUUCGAUGCUGGGGAGGAAAGAGUUCUUUGGCACGCUCAGUAUUAUGUCCUUGGAGUUUGGCAACAGGCCCAGAUCCUUUACACGUAUCCUGAAUUACAUUCGCUUGUGAUUGAAGGUGUUCCUGUGGAUGCUGCCGAUCCUUCAAGACUUUAUCGUGGUUACAUCGCAAUUGAUGACAUAGAUCUUCAACCAGGUUCCACCUGUGUUGGAUUCUGCAAUUUCGCAGGGGGAUUUUGCGAUUGGACCAACGAUGUUGAAGAUGAUUUCGACUGGACGAUUAGCAGAGGAAGUAAUGACCCAACAACAGGACCAGCGAUAGACAGUUCCAGUGAUCGAGCUACUGCGGGUGGAUAUGCUUAUAUCGCAUCCAGCUUUCCUCGACGACCUGGGGAUGCCGCUAAACUCAUGAGCGUCAGCUUCCCCGGCACAGGACCAGAUUCUCCAAUGUGCAUGCACUUUUGGUUUCACAUGUUUGGCUCAGGAAUAGGAAACUUGAAGAUUCAUCUACGUCAUUUUCGAAAUUUGGACGCAGAACCACAUGAAAUUUGGAGUCUGAGCGGGAAUGCAGGAAAUGCUUGGUUCAAAUCCGAGGUCACCAUCAGUUCUAUUGAAGACUUUCAACUUAUCUUUGAAGCUACGGUUGGCAAUACUGGAAUGGGAGAUAUUGCUAUUGACGAAAUCACUUUUUCUCCUGGCGUAUGUCCCGCUUUACCACAAGUUGCGGCACCCAAUCCAAGAGAUUGUACUUUCGAAAUCGACGAGUGCGACUGGGUUAAUUCUCGGGAUCCAGAUAGAGUCGAAUGGGAAAGAGUAUCAAAUUCAGUCUUGAGUCCUCGAAACCAGAGGAAACCUUACAGCAACGGCCAUACAGUUAGUCGUCGAAACGAAUUUUUUUUGGGACUUGGACGUUCUAGAGGUGCACGAAUUAGUGGAGGUGGUACAGCUCAAUUAGUCAGCCGAGAUAUGAAGGGAUCUGAUGAGCCUCUAUGUAUCACCUUCUGGUAUUUUAUGUUUGAAUCUUUCAUCGAUUCGACUGGUCCUAGUUUAGGAGUUCUUCGAGUUUUAAUACAAUCCUUGGGCGAAACUGCUUCAGAAGCCACACCAAUUUGGCAACUUUAUAAUAAUCAAGGACUGACCUGGAAUUUUGCACAAGCGAGUAUAAACGAAAAAAAGGAUUUUAACAUCAUCUUUGAAGGCACUUGGGGACCCAACAGAGCAAGUGGUAGCAUUGCAAUUGAUGACGUUGCUUUUUAUACUGGAAACUGCACCGCGAGACCUACGAGUGCAGUAGUGAAGAGAGAAGAUUGCAGUUUCGAAAAAGGAUUAUGUGGUUGGGAGAAUAAAACAUCUUCUGUGAAUGAUAGGACCGUGAAUUGGCAACGAGCAUUCCUGACUCAUAGACCGGCACAGCUAUUAGACAAGACUUUCGGUGCAACGGGAGACUUUGUCUUUUUUGAUAUUUUUACUACCAAUCAAAAGUCAGCAGAAGUUCAGCUUUUAUCGCCAGUGGUUAAUAAUGCGCCUGAUGAGACUGCAAUUUGCUUCACAUUCUGGUUUGCUGCCUUUGGUGUUGAGGAAUCGACAACUUUGAGAAUUAUUAAAGUGUCUGUUGAAGGAGACAGGAUUGAAAAUGAAGAUGAAGAGGGCGAGGAUAAAGAAUUGCUCUGGCAAUUGUCUGCGAAGGGAUUUAAUAAUAUAAGGCCCUCCUGGACAGCAGCACAAGUCACAAUAGACGCAAGAACACCUUAUCGCCUGAUUUUGGAAGGCAGUGCAAGCAAUGGAGGCUUCGCUAUUGACGAUAUCAAAUUUCAACCUGAAGCUUGUACCACGAGACCAGCAGCAGCAGCUAGCUCAACUGACGACACUCGAGUCCUAACCUAAAAUUGUUCGCUGUUACUUAAAAUUCAGAAUAUAUCGA